AUUUAAUCAAUACGACGGGGCAGAGAUUCCCUGGUAGUUCAGUAAUCAUGAUUAGAAAAUCAAAGUUUUGUAAGCAAGAUGAGUAAACGAUCCGAAUACAUAAUCAAAAAUCAUGAAACCUUGCCCCUGCGACCCAAACCGGGAAUGGGAGGGAGGGAGUGAGUGGUGAUGUAGUUGUGGAUCCACGUCGAGGAUGCAACCCUUAUUCGCCGCUUUCGGUAGAUGGUAUGUUGCUAGUUAUCAUGACAUCAUGCAGUCGACCAGCUAUAUAACUCCAGAGGACAGGAAACGUCUUCAAGGUCCUUACAGAGUCUAAUUCUGAAUACAUCGAGCAAUACCAUCCAGCGAAUAAACCACGAACUAGUCCAAUCCACCACGAUCGAAACCCCCCACCCAUACAGCCAGCCCACCAACCAAAAACCUCAACCAUGGGCUACGACUUCACCAUUUACAAAGGGUCCAAAGAUGGCUCCAUCCAAAAAUCCACGACCCACCGCGAUGGCCUCCAAAAAGACCAAGUGUACGUCCGCGUAACCCACUCCGGGGUCUGUUUCACAGACGUUCACUACCGACACGCGGACAUGGCCCUCGGCCACGAAGGCGCCGGCGUAGUGGAAGAAACCGGCCCGGAAGUACAAGACCUGAAAAAGGGCGACCGAGUCGGCUGGGGCUACGAACAUGACUGCUGCGGCCGGUGUUCCCGAUGUCUAACGGGGUGGGAGACCUUCUGUCCGGACCGGAAGAUGUACGCCGCCGCCGAUCUGGAUCAGGGGUCGUUUGCCUCGCAUGCGAUAUGGCGGGAAUCAUUUCUCUUCAAGAUUCCGGAUGGGAUCAAGAAUGAAGACGCGGCGCCGUUGAUGUGUGGUGGCUCGACUGUCUUCAAUGCCCUGCAUGUGGCUGGAGUGAAACCCACGGCGCGUGUGGGGAUCAUCGGAGUCGGGGGAUUAGGUCAUUUGGCUAUUCAAUUUGCGGCUAAGAUGGGGUGUCAAGUGGUGGUGUUCUCGGGCAGUGAUAAUAAGAAAGAUGAAGCGAAGAAACUCGGCGCUAUGGAGUUUUAUGCGACCAAGGGUGUCAAGGAAUUGGCCGUUGAGAAGAAACUCGACAAUCUCAUCGUCACGACUAGUAGUCAGCCGGAUUGGAAUCAGUAUGUCAAUAUUCUGAAUCCGGGGGCUACUAUCUCGCCGUUGUCGGUCGACCUGGAGGAUUUCAAGUUCCCGUAUAUGCCGCUUUUGGGGAAUGGGUUUAAGGUCUUGGGGUCGAUUGUCUCGGCCAGACAGGUUCAUCGGGAUAUGUUGGAUUUCGCGGCUUUUCAUGGGAUUAAACCGAUUAAUAUGACUUAUCCGAUGAGUAAGGAGGGCAUUGAGGAGUGUUUGAAGACGUUGGAGGAGGGGAAGAUGAGGUAUCGGGGUUUGCUGGUGGCUCAAUAGAGUUGACUUGGGGGUGUCGUAUUAGAGCGUUGAGUAUGUAUUAUGUGUGUAUAUAUGUUAGAGGAAUGGAGCCUGUGAA